GCUAAUUUUAAUCAGAUAGGCAGCGCACAGCACUGAUUCAGACACACACACAUCUGGCGAAAAUAACCGACGGAUCAGUUUAUCUAGUGCUCUUGGUUUUAGGCUUCUAACGAUGAAGAUAUUUUAUUCAAAGAAAAGAACACUUUUGAUGGUCCUAAUUCUUGUGGCAGUUACAUUUUCUAUUAUUGAAGUUAAUUUCAUGACAUUGACGAAUACUGUUCCAUCAUUCACUGUGGCGACAACCCAAUCGUCGCAUAGCUUAAUCGUCAGAAACACGUUGCAUAGCAACCAGUCGGUAAAUGCCACCGGGAGGAUAACGUCAUACAGCAACCAGCCAAGAAAUGUUACCGGGAGGAUAACGUCACAUAGCAACCCGCCAACAAAUGUUACCGGGAGGACAUGCUCAUAUAGCAAUGCGGGCGUAUGUCUAUCAGAACUGCCUGUUCCCGAAGCAUUUUCCGAGUCAGGAUUUUAUGGAGACAGAAGAAUAAUGAAGUACCGAUGGUUUUUUAAGCCAAAUAAAACCAGACAUUUCCAGUUAGAUCAUCGGUUCUUGAAAGGUUCUGCCAAAGCAUGCACACCCAAUGAGCGACAUCAGCUGGUUGUGUUAGUGCUGACAAUGCAUCACAUGGAGUCACAAAGACAGGCGAUUCGUGAUACCUGGGGUAGUGUGUCUACCCUGGGUACAUGGCCUGGGUCAACAGAGAAAUUUUCCAUCAAAUUACUGUUCAUCUUAGGUGUUAGUAAAAACGAUUCCUUAAACAUCGCGGUCUCUAAGGAAGGAGAGAAAACGGGCGACUUGAUCAUAGCUGGAUUUGACGAAAGCUACUACAACUUGACACGCAAAGUCUUGGUGGGGUUCAAGUGGAUUAGAGAAUUCUGCCCCACUGCCAAGUACGUCAUGAAGGUUGACGAGGAUAUAUAUAUAAAUAUACCACAGUUUGCAGCGUCGAUGAAUUCCCGCAAAUGGGACAAUCUCAUAUAUGGGUUAUACUUUAUGGCGUCUUCUGUUGAGAGAGGCGGGAAAUACAUGGUGUCGAGAGAAAUUUACCCUAUAGAGAUGUAUCCGCCGCACGUCAAGGGCAUCGUGUACUUCAUGACCACUGAUGCUGCAAUGAAGAUCCUAGCCGUGUCUGAAUAUAUGCCAUAUAUAAAUAUCGAAGACGUGCAUAUGACAGGCAUACUGGCUAAAAUAUUCAAUUUCAGACAUGUUGCCCUGUCUCCAGACCUGUAUUACACAAAUAAACCUGCUACAUCGUGUCAGCUCGUAAACGGAAAUAAGAUGAUUUCACAACAAAUAUUUACUAAACAAUUGUACGAGAUAUGGAGUAGAGUUAAAGACCCCUCGUUGUGCGAAACUGUCCAAUCAAAGUCAUUGUAAGAGCUUCCUCGU